CAAUUUUAGAUGUGUAGUAGGCAUGUUUGGAAGAAGAAGCUUCAAAAUUUCUAGCAAAUAUGGAAACAAUAAAUUCUUUCACCAAAUUUCUGCAGGACUUGUUUUAUAAAGAUGACGAGCCACCCGAAAUCUGCGUGGUGGAGGGAGUCUUCUCCCUGCAAACCCUCACCCCUACCCAACCGAUGCCGGCAGUCGACGAGCUGGACAGCAAAUUCGCCGAGCUCGUCGAGGAACUGGAUCUCACCGCCCCGAACAAGGCGGCCAUGCUGAGUCUACCCCCGCAGAAGAAAUGGCAAAUCUACUGCUCCCGCAAGAGCCCCCUGGACGCCACCGAUCCCAGCGGAGCGCCCCUCCCGGGUGUGAACCUACCGCCCUCCCCGGAGCACUACAUCGAACGGCUCAAGGACAUGGCCGUGCAGCUGAAGGCGUCCUCCCCGGACGAGUCGCCCUCGCACGAGUACAGUCCGAAAAUUGAAUCUCACACGGCCCUUUUCGACGCGCUGAAGACGGCCCUGCGCACUUCGGCGCACAGCUUCGUCAUUCGGUUCAUCGAGCUGCAGGGGCUGCCGGCCCUGCUGGAACUGCUGCAGGCCCUGGACAUCCGGGUGGCCAACAGUCCGCUGCACACCAGCCUGAUCGGGUGCAUCAAGGCGCUGAAUGAACAAUUCGGUAAGUUGUGGGUUCAGGCACAGACAAACAGAUGUAACACUAGCAACAAUUCCAUAGAUCUUCAAAUCCAUCACUAUCUUUGCUGGGAAGAUGCGUUUUUAUGA